GCAUAUUUCGGCAUUAGAUCAAUGCAGCCAGCUGAUGUGAAAUUUGUGUACAGAUAACUCGUAGCAAGCAUCAGAUGUGUAGGAUAGCCCAGUCGUGGAUGGUUGAGACGAGAAAAACCCACGGUCAUUACCACACAGUGUUAGAAACCUAAAUACUUCCAUCUCUCACUUCAACAUCGAAGUUAUUUCGCCAGUAUAUUUUUGACACUUGCGCAGGGAUUAUUACCCACGUUAAGUAUGAAGACGACACUUGGUGGUCAUCAGAGCAGCUUGCCUCUUGCUUCCCAAUCUCACCUAGCAAUGCAUAGAACACGACCAGCAGAGGAUGGUGGGAUGAAGGGACACGGUCCCAAUCACACCUCGACGACGAUGAUGAGGACAUCAAAAGGUAGCGCUGCCUUCAACUACACCAUGCAUGACUGUUACGAGAAACUCAAACAGCUUGUCCCAACCAUACCUAAGAACAAGAAAAUCACAAGAGUUGAGAUUUUACAGCAUGUGAUUGACUAUAUACAGGACUUGCAAUCAGCAUUGGAGUCGCACAACAUCAAUAUGAGGACGACGCAGGUCUUACCUGGAGCAAGUAGGACGCCGUUUACAACCCUCACUCCUCAGCAGAACCUCGGCGAUAUGUUGAGCGGUUUGGCAGACCUCGAAAACUGCGACUGGCAGAAAACACUAUUAAGUUUAACAUCAGCUGCGAGAGGAACAAAGCUUCACCCGUAUGAAACACCAGAGAGCUCCCCCGAGUCGAUGUCUGCAUGUAGUAGUUGCUAACACUAUUUAUACAACUGUACAUAUCUGUUGUAUAUAGGGAAAAAGCUGUAAAUAUCUGAAUUGUCUUUAUACAUAAAUCUUAUACGUGAUCCAGUAUCGUCGCUCUGCAUAAAUGGAAGGAUAGCUGACGCAUUGCCUCCGCUCAGACCGUGGGUUGCUUGUUGAUGACGCUCCAGUGAUGUCAUGGGCAAGAUGGAGGUGUUGUGUACCCGCACUUCUGGCUGCUACCUCUGGGUACCCGUAGAGCUACUCCACCAGCGCAAGACGAUUACUGCAAUCAUGCAUUAUUUAUAAUAUCAAAUCAGUCGGUUUCAAGAACUAGACAUACAUUAUUAUAAAAGUACAUGUGUUUACGGUGUUUACGGCGUAGCUUGUUAACACUUAACUAAAAUUGGCGCUACAAGUACUGUUUUUUUUUCUAUUUUAAUAUUAUAUUAUUAUAGUGACCUGAUCAACAAAAUCUUGAAGACGUUUGAUAUAUUUGAACAAAAUUGCCAUUGAAGAUCAGUACAUAUAGUGUUAACUUUAUUUUAAAAAUAUAAAAUAAAAUAAAAACGACCAAUGUUGUUGGACCAACACUCUCAUCUUGCAUAAAGUAUUAUAUAAUGUAAACUUUUAUUGUAUGCUGUGUUCGUCAGGAACUUGGUAUGUUAAAUUUCAACUGAAAGAAUAUAGCUUACCAAUGGUCCGUCCCCAACUGAAUGAUUGCGUGCCGUUAUCGACUCGGGAAAAUAAAAUAAAAACAGAUUUAGUCUUAAGUUGAUCUCUCUCCCUUUUGUACUGAUAAGUUGGGCGUAACUUUUGUUAGAUUCUGUCCAACCCUUUUUGUAGGUAAUGGACUUCGCUGAAGUUGGGAGAGAGUUGCCACGCUAACAUCAUGUUUACAGCCGGGCAUAUUAUGAUAUUUUUGUUAUGCUUACCAAAAUGGUUUAUCUUAUUGAAUUUACUCGAGAGUGUAACUGGCGUACUAAAAUUACAAACAGUACAACCAAUAGCAUUACAUGUGCUGUAUAUUCAUUUAAACUUCAUGUACACCGAUGUGUGAUAUCACUGUAUACUCAGUACUUUCCCGAGUUCUGUGAAAAAAAAAAUCACAUGCAAUAUUAGCAUUAUGUUAAUUAAGCUGUUGUGGCACUACUUAAAAAUUGAAGGUUGAUAUUGCGCGCAUCCGCAACCAUUCUGUUUGUGUAAUGCAGGCCUUUUUUAAGCAGCUAGGUGAAAUUGGGCCAUAAGCAUUAUUAGAGAUGCGGUUUUGAUUUCUUCAUCGUCUCGAAAAAGAUUGUUGAAAUAUUUUAAAACCAGAGUUUUCCCCUUCCAUUUGUGUGACUGAAACCAGGGUAUGGUCUGUGUUUAUGUCACCACUUUGGAGGUCACUCUGGUGAUGACGAGGGCAAUGCACGGACUCAAUAGAGGGCCUUGGUGGUGACAAGCCAAGCAGAUGAUUGUCACUGUGAUCCCUUUAGGACGUCCUUGUGGCCAAGACAAUCAGAUGGUUUCAAUUUAACUGUUCAACAUGACACGAUGGCCUUGCGAGACCUAAAACCCAUGUGAUACUCUGGUCAGAGUUCGGCUACUGAAUUUCUAUAGUGUUGUACAAUUGUAACAACUGGGUGUGGUUAGGAGACAAUGGGUGUUGGGUAGUGUUGAAUUCUUGCGCUGUGGGUGUGUUACAAAACUAAAUGUAAACGGGAGGACCACAUACAACAAAAUCAUCAAUCAAUCAAUCAUUCUGAUACAUGUAAAUUUAAAGAAAAAUUAAUUUGCUCUUAAACAAUUAUAAGAAACUUGUUGUUAAACAAUAUUUGUAUGUGUUCUUAAGGUGCCAACCGAAGAAGACGAUCCUUGUCUGAUACAACCCCCCCCCCCCGUCACGAGGGUUGACAUCUUACUCUGUGCUUGAACUCAGUUCUACUCGACUAAUAGCUACUACCAAUUCAGUUUCUAGAUGCUAUAUUUUUCAUACCUCUUAAAAUAUUAAACCUAUGAAAGAAACCUUUCUCUGUUGUCACUACCUUGAUCACUAUUUAAUUGUUUUAAUGACUGAUAUUUGUUAUGGAUGUAAUAUUUUUAUGUUCGAGAAGUGUUGCAUUUUCUUGUGGGGUAUGUUGAUGCUGUUCUUUUGAAGUGUUGAAUCACGAUGAGGGUCGGUUUUUAUAAAGUGAAAGUACGUGGUCAUAUGGUGUCUCGUCGUUGACGUAAUUUUAUUGUUAUGUUAUGUCUACUUGUAAAAUGGUUGUUACAAAGAAAUUAAACAAAAUAAUACAAAACAAAA